CCACUCAAAUUGAUAAGACGCUGGCCCGCAUAAAUAAUGUUGUCCAGCACUCGUGAAUCAUGCCGCCGACGCUACUGCUAAGUCAACAGGCUAACACUCAAUCCUUCUCUCAAGCAUUCAAGCUUCACAGUAUUGUUGCUCUGCAUUUGGAUAAUCUACUUCUCUGAGAAACAAAUUGUAUUCGCAUUCCUAAUCCGGUGUUCCUAGGGAAGGAUGAAGGAUUUGAAGAAGCUGGUUAGCUUCAUUCAUAAAUAACUGUUACCGGAUAAGAAAUGGAGAUUCUUGCUGCAAUUGCCGGAAAACUUGCCGAGUUCACAGUUGAACCAAUUUGCCGCCAAGUGGGUUAUCUAGCUCACUACAAAAGCAACCAUCAAAAGCUGCAGAUCAAAUUGGAGGACUUAGGUGUUGCCAGGGAUGAGGUUCAACAUAAGGUUGAUCAAUUUGAGAGAGGAGGUUUAAGAAUUGAGACUGCUGUUCGGAACUGGAAGACAAGAGUGGAUGCAAUCAUCACAGAGGCAGAGACAUUCCUGGAAGACAGCGGGCAUGCACAUACCGAGUGUCUUCAUGGUUUUUGUCCUCAUUUGGUGCUGCGUUAUCAGCUAAGCAAGACAUCAACGAAAUUGGUGGAGGAGAUUGAUGAGCUUUAUGGAAAAAACAAGUUCUCCAACUUUGAAUAUGAUGUUCAUCCACAAGAGGUAUGCCUCUUAUCUACCGGGCACUACAGUACAUUUGAUUCAAGGAGUUCAAUUGUCAUGAGAGUCAUGGAUGAACUGAGAAAUGCUGAUACAGAAAUGAUUCUGGUGUGGGGGAUAGGUGGGGUAGGGAAGACCACACUUGUAGAACAUGUUCUUAGGCAAGCUAUAGAUGAUAACUUAUUUGAUGAUGUGGUGAUGGUGAGAGAUGUGAAAGAGAACCCAGACCUUGCAAAAAUCCAAAAAGAAAUUGCCAUGAAGUUAGGUAUGAGCAUCGAUGAAAAUCAUACUCUAGCUGAAAGAGCGUCCAUUCUAGGUGAUAGGAUAAAAGACAAGAGGACUCUUGUAGUUUUAGAUGAUGUUUGGGAAAAAAUUGAUCUGCUGGCUAUUGGACUUCCCCGUCUGGUGGACCUUAAAGUAGUGCUGACAAGUAGAAGCCGAAAGGAGUUAUCAUUGGAUAUGCGUACACAAACAAAUAUUCCACUUGAUAUUUUAAAUGAAGAGGAAGCAUGGAGCUUAUUUGAGAAGAUGGUUGGUGAUGUUGUCAAAGAUAGCCGCAUACGAAGCGUAGCGAUUGAAGUAGCCAAAAAAUGUGGAGGUUUGCCUGUCUUGAUUGUUACAGUUGCAAGUGCUCUAAAAGACCAAAACAAGUUGCAUGCAUGGAAAGACACCUUGAGACGACUUGGAGGCUUUGACAACAAAGAAUUGACGGAAAAAGCAUACUUGGCUCUGGAGUGGAGUUACAAUCAAUUGGACUAUAAAGAGCUUAAGCCUUUGUUCUUGCUUUGUGGGAUUAUUGUAGUUCGGAACCAUAUUUAUUUGGUAGACUUGUUGAGGUAUGCUUUGGGUUUGGGUUUGAUUAGAAAUGUCGAUACAAUAGAAGAAGCACGAGAUGCAUUGGUUACACUCGUUGAAAAGCUUAAAGAUUCUUGCUUGUUACUGGACAGUGAUAUCAAUAUGUGUGUUAGAAUGCCAGAUCUCGUAUGUGAGGUUGCUACAUGGAUUGCAUCCAGAGAUCAACAUGUCUUAUCAGUUGGAUAUGGAUGUGAACUAAAAGAAUGGCCUGAUAAAGAUUUCUUUAAAAGGUGCAGUAAGAUGUCUUUAAAAUCCAGCAAUAUUCCCAUGCUUUCUCAAUUAUCUGGGGAAUGCCAGAAACUAGAAAUGUUUUAUUUGUACAGAAAAAGUGUUGCAUCGAUGGAAAUUCCUUCCAACUUUUUUAUUGAAAUGGAGAAAUUGAAAGUGCUGGGUUUCACUAAAGUGCGUAUGCUGUCACUACCUCCAUCUCUUCAAUUCUUGAAAAAUGUUCAGACGUUGUGUUUAGAAGAAUGCUUGUUGGAAGAUGUAGCUCUAGUUGGAUAUCUAGGCAACUCAGAGAUUCUUAGUUUUGCGCGGUCCAACAUUAAGCAGCCACCUAAAGAAAUAGGGCAGUUGAUUCGACUGAGAUGGUUGGAUUUGAGUGAUUGUGCCAAACUUGAGGUGAUUUCACCAGAUGUUAUUUCAAGGUUGGAAAGGCUAGAAGACUUAUCAAUGAGAAACAUAUUUCUCAAAUGGGAGGCUGAAAGGGGAGGAAGUAAUGCUAGUCUUAUAGAGUUGAAAGACUUGUCUCAACUAACUGCAUUGGAGAUAUAUAUUCGAGAUGCUAAUAUUCUUCCAUCAAACUAGUUCUCUAGUAACUUAGUAAGACACCAAAUAUAUAUUG